AUGGACGUCGACGAGCAGCAGCAACAACAACCAGAAGACCAUGAACUUGAGAUCGACGCCGAGAAAUUCGCAGAUCUGCUCGAAGCAGUACUGACAAACAAGUACAAGUACACCGCGCAUGCAGAGUUGCUUUCGUUUCUGAAACAGGCGGGACCGGAGAGUCCGCUUGCGGACGAACUGCGCGAGGCGCGAGAGCGGAUGGCGGGGGUGUUUCUUAUGGAUUCUGGGUUUUGGAAUUCAUGGCUUGACGACGAGGAAGCUGCGCGAGAGCGGCUGCGAGAAGGAGAAGGGGUUGAUGAGGAUGGGGAGGCGGUGAAGUUGCUGGAGGUGUAUACGAAGAGCGUGGAUGAUCUGGUGUCGGUGCAGCUUUGGGAACGGUAUCUUGGGUUCUUGAUUGGGGAGUAUGAGAGGGAGAAGAAGGAGGGAAAGGAUGAGGAGGCGCGAGUGUUUUCAAAGGCGGUUGUCGAGGCGGAGACGGUCAGGGCUGUUGAUGCGACUCAGUACUUGAUCCCGGAUGUGAGUACAAAUCUAUAUUCACAAUCGAGAGACUGGAUGCUAACAAAUACUCUGCAGAGCCACAGAAUCUGGAACAUCUACCGCGACAUGAAACUCGAGGACUUAGCAGCCAAACCAACAAUCGAAGCAAUCGCCCUCGUCAAACGAUACUACCUCUCUCGCCUCAAGAUCCCACACGCAGCCCUCUCCGAAACCUUUUCGGACUACUCGACCUUCAUCACGACCUACGCGAACGACAACUACGAAAAAGAGCUAGUGGCAGCAAACAAGCUCGUCUCUGAAACUAAACAAACGCUCGCAGUCCUGCAGCCGUACGAAGAUCACUUGGCAGAGCACCCAGACGAUCUGGGGGUCUGGUCGCAGUACAUCGACGCGUCUCUCGCGCGGCCGAAAAAAGUCCUCAGCUUUGAUCUCACGAAAGCAAUCUACGAGCGCGCGAUCGCAAACUCGCCGACUAGUGCAGCAGUGUGGGAUUCCUACGUGCUGUUCCUGCUCGACCAUGACUUCCAAUACGACACUGUCAACGCCGUUCUCGCGCGCGCGGUCCGCGCGUGUCCGAAAUCAGGCGCGCUGUGGGCGCACUUUAUCCGCACACGAGAGCGCUUCGGCGCGUCGCCGGACGCGAUCGUGGAGCUUACGACGCAGGUGUUUGGCGACGAUCUCCUGUCCUCGAGCGUGGAGGACUACAGUCUUGCCGUGGCGGCGUGGCUGGCGUAUAUCCGGCACCAGUCUGCUGAGGUGGGCGAGGAGAGUGCGUACUAUGCCGAGGUGGAUAAGCAGGUUGAUUUGUAUCGCGAGAAGUUUGGGAAUGAGUCGAGCAGGCGGGAUCAGAAGUAUGUGAUUCCGCAGCUAUAUAUAGCUUCGCUGACGGCGCGGGGCGAGAUCGGUCGCGCGCGGGAGGAGUGGGAAGUGUUGACGAAGAAACACGCGCGGGAAAGCGAGUUUUGGAUGAAACGGUUUAGCUGGGAACGAGCGGUGUGCGAACCGCAAGGGGAUCAUUUGACGCCAGCGGGGGUGUUGACUUCUGCGGUGGGGGUGAAGAGUAUCGAUCAGCCUGAGCGGGUGUGUGAUGCGUUGCUGGGGUAUCAGAGGGAGGUGGGGAGUGCGUUUGCGAUUGAGAAGGCGGAGAUCGCGGUGAAGAAGUUGAUGAGGGUUGUGCAGAAGCGGCGGGCGACGGAGGCGGCGGCGGCGGCGGCAGCAGCAGCAGCAGCGAGUAAGACUGUGAAGAGUCACACGGUGGACAAAAAGAAGACAGAGGAGGAGGAGGUGGAGGAGGAAGAAAAGCCCGCGACGAACGGAAAACGAAAAGAUGCGCCGGUGCCUACUGCAGAGGUAUCAGUAAAGAAAGCCAAGACAACGACAUCAGCACCGGUUCGAGACCGCGAGCAUUUAUCGGUGAUUGCAGAGGGCAUUUCAGGGGACGCUACGGAGAAAGAGGUGGCUGCGUUUUUCAAGGACUGCGGGGAGAUCAUCUCGAUGAAGUUGGUGAGCGUGGAUGGGCAGACGACAGCAACCCUUGAAUUCGGCAACGACGAGGACGUUCUGUCCGCUCUUACGCGGGAUCAAAAGCCCUCCACUGUCGGAAGUACAAUAACAGUGCGCAGAGCGAUAAAUUCAACGUUAUGGAUCACAAACUUCCCGUCAGCGGCGGACGAGGGAUAUAUCCGCGGCCUGUUUGAAAAGUUCGGCGAGGUGGUCGACGUGCGGUUCCCGUCGUUGAGCGUGAAUACGAAGCGGCGGUUUUGCUACCUGCAGUACGCGACCGCGGAAGCUGCUGAGAAAGCAGAAGCCGAGAAGCAGCCGAAGCAGCAGCGCAAGUUGAUUGUGAAAAUAAGCGACCCGAGUCAGCGACGGAACCGGCAAGGCGCGGUGUACGAGGGCCGGGAGCUGUUUGUGCGGAGUAUCCCGUACUCGAUGAAAGACGCGGACGUGCUACAAAUGUUUUCAAAGUACGGCGCUGUCGAGCGCGUGCGUCUUCCGACUGCGACGGGGGGCGGCGGGAGUGAGAAAGUGUUUGGGAAUCAUCAGGGGUUUGGAUUCGUCACUUUUUCCAAGGCGGAGGAGGCGGAGCGCGCGCUGGAGUUGAACUUGACAAAGGUGGGGGAUCGGGUGCUCAGUGUUGUGUUGGCGGAGGUCAAGGCUCCUGCAUCUUCUACAGACCAUCAUCAGUCCUCUCAAAGAGGCCGAGGCCGAGGCAGAGGCAGAGGAGGAAGGGGACGAGGAAGGAUUGGUAGCCGCGUGAGCCGCGGCGGGGAAGGUUCAGGAACCGAAAGGGGAAGUGCAGGCGGAGAUAAGUCAGCGACGACGACGGUGAUGUUUGUGCCGAGGGCGGUGAAGCAGAAGCAGAAGAGUACAGAGGCAAAGGAGUAG